GGCUUGUUACUUGCUAGUUUGUGUGCUGCAAUGUGGUUUCGGCCGGAUUGAACUUGCUUGCUUUUUUAUUAGUGCAGCUGCUGUUAUCAGUUUAUCGCUGCUUCCGCAGCACCUUUUUACUUCCAGGGAUCCGCCAUAGCUUAUUUGACUUGGAUAUACGAUCGAACCACCCCAUCCAUGCCAUCAUGGUCGGAGAUCUCCUGAAAUCCCACGCAAAGCAUUCAAUACCUAUCCUCUAGGAAUGAUCCCGGAGAUCCGGCUGUCAUUCACCGUCGCGUGGUGUAGCUGUUUGCGUGAGGAUUGAGUUCGGUGACACUAUUUUUGUCUCUAGUUCCACUUCUACAGCAUGACAUCACGCGUGCCCUUUCAUUCAUGACGUACGGCCACACUGGGUUCCAGACUCCCUGGUUGGGACAGUCAGAGGCACCUAUUAAUACUCUUCCUCUCCUCAACAUCUGUGAACAUCAUCUCUCAGACACGACCAAUACUUCUCUCGUCUAAUUCCAUACUAGCUUCAUCAUAUCGCAUUUUCUCUCACACAGUUCAAUUUAUCGUGAUGGCGACCGAUAUCGCUACCCGGGAUCUUCGGAAACCCAUCACGGUUGCGGAGUACCUCUUCCGUCGUCUACACGAGGUUGGCGUUCGCUCUGUGCAUGGCGUUCCAGGUGACUACAAUCUCGCGGCCUUGGACUAUCUGCCAAAGUGCGGUCUCCAUUGGGUGGGCAAUUGCAAUGAACUUAACGCCGGAUACGCUGCCGACGGGUAUGCUCGUGUAAAUGGAAUCGGAGCCCUGAUCACUACCUUCGGUGUGGGUGAGCUUUCGGCGCUCAAUGCCAUCGCUGGUUCGUACUCCGAAUUUGUGCCAAUUGUUCAUAUUGUGGGUCAGCCCAACACCAAGUCUCAGAAGGAUGGCAUGUUGCUGCACCACACCCUGGGAAAUGGCGACUUCAAUGUGUUUGCGAAGAUGAGUGCAGGCAUCUCCUGUACCCUCGGUCGCCUUAACGAGACACUGGAGGCUGCAACACUUAUCGACAACGCCAUCCGUGAAUGUUGGAUUCGCAGUCGACCUGUCUAUAUCAGUCUCCCCACCGACAUGAUUGUCAAGCAGAUUGAAGGUGACCGACUCGACAAACCGCUGGAUCUUUCUCUACCGGCGAAUGACCCUGAGAAGGAAGAUUAUGUUGUGGACGUUGUCUUGAAGUACCUGCAUGCUGCGAAGAAACCUGUUAUUCUGGUGGAUGCUUGUGCCAUCCGUCAUCGGGUCCUUGACGAAGUUCAUGACUUGAUGGAGGCCUCCGGCCUGCCUACUUUCGUGGCUCCGAUGGGCAAGGGAGCAGUGGAUGAGACCCGUCCGAACUAUGGCGGUGUGUAUGCUGGCACUGGAUCGAACGCGGGUGUUCGUGAGCAAGUCGAGUCUUCCGAUCUUAUUCUGAGCAUCGGUGCUAUCAAGUCGGACUUCAACACUAGCGGAUUCUCAUAUCACAUCGGACAGCUCAACACCAUCGAUUUCCACAGCACUUACGUGCGCGUGCGAUACUCCGAAUAUCCAGAGAUCAAUAUGAAGGGAGUCUUGCGCAAAGUUAUUCAGAGGAUGGGUGCUGUCAACGCCGCGCCAGUUCCGCAUCUCUCCAACACGCUUCCCGAGAGCGAGAAAUCUUCCAGCAGCCAGGAGAUCACGCACGACUGGCUUUGGCCCAAUGUGGGUCAGUGGCUGAAGGAGAAUGACAUUGUUAUCACCGAGACUGGGACUGCCAACUUUGGCAUCUGGGAAACCCGAUUCCCGGCGAACGUCACGGCCAUUAGCCAGGUCCUGUGGGGUAGCAUUGGCUACUCGGUUGGGGCGUGUCAAGGUGCUGCACUAGCAGCGAAGGAAUUGGGCAAUCGUCGGACAGUUCUCUUUGUUGGUGACGGAAGUCUUCAACUCACUGUUCAGGAGUUGAGCACCAUGAUUAGAAACAACCUCAACCCCAUCAUCUUCGUCAUCUGCAAUAACGGAUACACCAUUGAGCGGUACAUCCACGGAUGGGACGAAAGCUACAAUGACAUCCAGCCAUGGGAUAUUGAGGGUCUGCCCCGAGUCUUUGGAGCCAAGGACAAGUACAAGGGCUACAAAGUGAAGACAAGGGAUGAGCUGAGGCAGCUAUUUGCGAACCAGGAGUUUGCUUCUGCGCCAUACUUGCAGUUGGUGGAGCUUCACAUGCCUCGUGAUGAUGCUCCCGCCGCGUUGAAAAUCACGGCUGAGGCGGCUGCCACCAGAAACAAGUAAUGAAGGAUCACCCGGGCUUCGAGACAUCCUCGCUUCUUCCCCUUAAUGUAUUUAUCUUUCUUCUACUUUGACCUGUCACUCCUGGAGAGGAACAGACAUCUCACUCUGAAAUAAUUGUGUGAAAAGCCGAAUACGAAAUCUAAUGAAUUCCAGCCAAGUUGUAUGCGCACGUGCCCUUGCCGUAUUUGCAUUUUGGGGUUUGGGGGUCUUGGAAACCUUGGGAGGUGCGUUUAGGGAGUCUAGUGCUUAUCAUACCUGUUCAAUGCCAAGGGAAAACAUAGUGGAACUAGCUUGAUAGUCAGCCAGCCAGCCAACGUGCCGUGUGAGACAUUCACUUGGGAGGAAUGACAAGCCGAGAGAUAAACACAUUGACAAUGUCAAGUAGUACAAUGUAGUUGGUGACAUGAUUAUAGUCAGAACUAGCCCUGUAGGAAAAGGAGGAAGAGGUGAUUGUCCCUCUAGGGCUGAACACGACAGGGGCAACUGUCAGGUGGGAUCCCCGAAUGUUUUGGCCCACCUUUCACUUGAUGGGUAGACUAGGUACUAAGAAGCCCA